GAUGUAAGACUCUUCCUUGCUCAUUAAAAACCAAGGAGUCCUAGGCCAGCUUGCCAGAGCGCUUAGAUGCUGCUACAGCUGAGUCUCUGAACCCAGGAAAAGGAACGCUUCAGGAAACAGGUGCUGAUUACCUCCUGUUCACCUCCUUUGAUAUACCUUGUCUUCCUCACGGAAAAUUGGAAAUUCAAAUGACUGAAAAAGAACUUCAAGAGAUUCCCAGACACUAUGACAUUCAUGAUUCUCAGCAGAUGGUAUGGGUCCUGAGGGGAAACGUAUUAAUAACAGCUCCAUCUAGCAACAAUAUUGAGCCUGUCACUCUUGCAAUAAUAGCAUGCAGAGACACAGAACAUCAUGAUAAAGAAAAAGGCAAUCUAGUUUACCUGGGAAUCAAGGACAAAAAUCUUAGUUUCUUCUGCACAGAAACUGAGGGAAAGCCUACUUUACAACUUAAGGAGAUCGACAUCAUGGACCUGUACCGGGAGAAAACAUCACAAAAGGCUUUUCUGUUUUUCCACAGUAUGGAGGGCUCCACCUCUGCCUUUCAAUCCGUCUCCUACCCUGGUUGGUUCAUAGCCACUUCAUCUGUGCCAAGUCAACCCAUCUUCCUCACCCAAGAGAGGGGCUUAACUGACAGCACCAACUUCUAUUUAAACCCUAAGAAUUAAAUCCGGUCUGGGCUGUGGGUUGCUAAUUCCAAGAUAGAGCAUCAGUCUUUUAUUUCAGAAAAGAGAAACUCAUCUUAAGAGACCACUGGGCCUUGAUGAGGUCAUCAACAUCUCAACCCACCAAUACCCCUUCUCAUUGAUUGUCCCAACACUAUUUCCUCCUCCAGAUGUUCAUUUCUGCACUGUGUCACUCACUUAACAACAUAUCACUGGGAAGCCAAAGAGACACUCUCACUCUUUGCUGAAAUUGUCCCACCAUGUGUUCAGCUAUCAAGUCCACUUUCAUCUACCCAUACAUUUUUUACAGGCACUGUCCAUUCCAAUUCCUGUGCCAACCCCUGGCCCAGAGGUGGAGAUCCCAAAUGAUCUUGUUUGCACAAUUGUGUCAAUAAAAUAAUAUUACUUAUUAAUUUUA